UUUAAAUAUACACUUUGCAAAUGGCUGUAUUCUAAACGAAAGGAGCUCAGGUCAGCCGGUGAAUGGGCUGUCGUUACCGGCGCAGCCGCCGGUAUUGGCUUGGCCUUCUGCAAGGAACUCGCCAAGGAGGGACUUAAGAUUCUCAUGGUGGAUGUGAAUGGGCCGAAACUUAAGUCUGCCGCCAAAGAAGUGGCGGAGGCAUUUGGUGUGGAAACACGAACCCUAGAACUGGAUCUCUCCAACGUAGGAGAUACAGUCUUGUUUGCCUUUAUGCUGUUGCAUAAAUUUAUCCUUUCAUAA